AGAGCAUAAAUAUCGAGAUCGUCAUCGUCAGCAGCCAUUCAACAAUAUUUUUGAGUGAGCACUGCAUCGAUCAGUAAAGUUUAUGUUUACAAUAAAUAAAACUUGAAGAAUAUAUCAUGUCUGGAUCUCAGCAUGGGUUUCAAUCUAGUUAUGCCAAUUCUCCCCAAGGAGCUAUGAGAUCACAAUUUGUUGGUGGGCCUGGCAAUCAGAUACCUGGACUCAUGGGAACUGGCCAACAACCAGAUGUGAUCUCGUUUCCGGGCGCAGGUAUGGUGAACCAGCAGGGCUACGGCGUGGUGGGCAUGCAGGCGCAAAGUCAGGCACAGAAUCAGGCGCAACAAAUGCAGAUUCAGCAGCAACAGAUGCAACAGCAGCUGCAGCAGCAGCAACAACAGCAGCAGCAACAGCAACAGCUGCAACAACAGCAGCAGCAACAACAACAGCAACAGCAGCAGCCUCAGCAGCAGAUACCACAGCAGGUGGGAGGAGUGGGCCAGUCGCAAGUGUCGGGCCCAGGAGUGGGGGUGGGGGGAGCCCAGGUGAGCAGCCAGCAGACGCCGAAUGCGCCGGCGCCGGGUCAGCAGAGCAAGCAGGACUUCAACACCGCGUCGCUGUGUCGCUUCGGCCAGGAAACAGUGCAGGAUAUUGUGUCGCGCACUCAGGACGUAUUCAGCACUCUCAAAACCCUGCAGCCGCCGAACGGAACAGCUCAAGGUGUGAAUGCAAGCAAUGACAGAAAGACCAAGGUUAGCGACCAACUGCGCACUAUCAAAUUCCUCUUCAAGCGGCUGAGGGUCAUCUAUGAAAAGUGCAACGAAAAUUGCCAGUUGCAAGGAAUGGAAUACAUGCAUAUUGAAAGUCUAAUACCUUUGAAGGAAGAAUGGGACAUGAAAUCUGAAGAGAGAAAAACUUCUGAGUCAUAUAGAUUGGCAUGUGACGAGAGUAAAGAAGUUAUGGAGCAAGUAGCCUUGAAAAAUAGGCACUUGAAAGAAGUAAUCGAUCAACUAAGGAGAAUAAUUUCAGAAAUCAACACUAUGCUGAUGAUGAGAAGGUCCUAAACCAUCAACUCGACCCUUAAAGGUAGAACUAAUGGAGAGUGGUUGCUUCAGUACCGUAUUCAGCAUACUUCCAAUCCAUGUUGAUGCGAAUCUUCUAUUUAAAGUUUAUAGAUUUUGAAUCUGUACUCGUAUCCACUGUGACUGACGUAUAUUAUAAUAUGUCAUGUGAUACACAUGUUCCCAUUUCAUGAACUAAUUAUUCCAUUUGUAAAUAUUUUAUGAAAUAAGUGUUGAUGAUCAUUGUAAAUAACGAUAAUGUUUCGUCAAUAAAAAUUAAUAAAUUUGC